AACAAUUGUAGAGAAAGCACAAACUGAGAGUGAGAUGAUCAGCAGCAAUGGAAACAAGUCAUUGAGUCAACAGUCCACUCAGGAAUAUGUUCCCACAGAAAAUGAAAUGAAAGUUGAAAAGGGUAAACAUGAAGAUACUGAGAGGGCUGAAGCAGAAACUACAGAAAUAAGCUAUACAUUUCAAGAAACUGACAAGAAAGAACCAGGAAGUGACUCUCAUGAGAUAACAUGUAUUAUUAGCAAUAAAGAUGUUGAUCCUUCAAACAUCAGAAUCAAAGCUGAUGAAAACGACUGUAACACAUCAUCUACUGAACAUUCGAAGGAAAGGAUGGAUCAGUGCUUUGUAUAUACAAUGCACACACAGAAUAACAGCAGUCAGGUUUCGAUAAAAGAACAUGUGGGAAGAAAACAAGACAUGAAAGAUAAAGCUGGAGAAACAUCUAGAGAAAAUAUAAUGAACAAAUCUGAUAAUACAACUUUGCCUCCUGAUAACUUCCUAACAAACAAGCACAAAUCUUCAGAUUGUAAAGAUGAGGCAAACACAAAAUCAAAUUCUGUCAUGUUGCAGAUUCCGAGUUUAACAGUCAAGUCACCAGCACCUCCUGCACAACACAUGUGUUCCAUCACAACAAUAACUAAAAAUGUAGAAGAAUCACCACUACCACUUAAUCUGAUUCUGAAAAAUACAUGGAAUCACUCCCAAUUAACUUUGGAUAAGAGUGAAGAAAUGGAACCAACAAACAUACAAACAAUGUCACAGGCAGCAACCACCUUUAUGGUUUCAGAACAAAAAUGUGAACAGGCAGAUGUGAGCAGACAGAUACUUACUUUACAGGCCAAAACAGAAAAAAACAAACAUUUGUCACUGAUGGCAACAGAAAAACAAACUGUUUGCAAUUUUGAAAAUGAAUUGGUAAAUAAAUGUGAAAAGUUGACAUCAAAUUUUCUAAGUGAUCUUCCAGUAAAUAAAACAGAAGUUAAUUCGGACAAAAUGAUAAAGAAUACAGCUCUGUCUCCAACAGUAGCCACAAACACUCCAGGAAUCAGCAAUGCAGAGAGCACCAUGCUACAGAGACAUACAGAACAAAGAGAGAUAGAAACAACAUCCCAGUCUCUGGAUACAAUGACACCAAAGAUUCUUCCUGACAAUAAUCUGGAUUUGAAUAAUCAGUUAGAAACUCCAAAAAUUGCAAUAAAUGUAUGCGACAUGAAAACUGCCAUGAUCAGACACAGGGAAGUAGAGAAGUUCAAAACUACACCCUAUUCCUUGGAUACAGCAACAUCAGACAAUUAUUUAGAAAAAAAUAAGAGUUCAACAGAAUCUCAAAUAACAGCAGCAAAUAAAUGUAAUGAAGAAUAUUUGACAGAAAGAUAUGAGAAAGCUUCAAACACUACUUCUUGCAAUAACAAUAAUGAAAUAGAUGUAUCUGCUGGCACUGACAACUGCUCCAAACAGCCAGACAAAGAUACAGAAUAUACAGACGGUGUAAAAGUAGAAAAUACAGAACUACCAAAUGCUGAACAUCCAUCUACUUCCAAGAUGAAUGAAUUUCUUCCAAAAGAAAAUGAAAUGAGUCAGUCCAAGGUUGGUUUAAACAUGUUCAAAGAUAAAUUCUGCAAAUCUCCAACAGCAGCAGCAGAAGCUCCAAAUGUAUGCAAUAUGAGAAAAAUAAAUAUGAACCCUCUGACCUAUGAAAAUAUACCUGACACUGCUAGCCAUGGUUACCUAUUGGAUGAUGAUAUUGGUCUGACAGGUUCUCAACUUCUUCGUAUUGAAGAUGAAUGUCAGUACAACAUUAGAAGUGCACAGCAAUUGAAUCGUGCUUCUAACUAUGGCAAAGCCACAGUUCCAGACACUUCUGUUUCUACACACACAGCACCCCCUCCAAAUUGGGCACAGAACAUGCAUGAGAAGAGGCAAAAGCUGAGGAGUAUUAUACAGGAUAUUUCAAGAAUUAAUGCCAUGCUAACACGAGUGAGGAAAGAGAUGUGGCCCCUUCCACACAGUGCAACACCCGGCAUCUUGAAAUCCGGUCAACUGACAGGCACAUCCAAGGGCACAGGUCCAAGAUGGGGGCCUAAUGCCCACAAUAUGUAGAUCCACUUUAGAACAUGUUUGGGUGCAACACAGCUGUAACAUAGAAUGUCUAUAAAAGAACCUAACUAAAUAAUACUAGUAUUAGUCAAAACCACACCCAGUCUUACCAAUUAAUAUAUUUCUACAGUUUUGUCUUUCACAAAGUCUGCAAGAUUCCUUUCUAGACUUACUAUAGCAUAGAACUUCCAACAGAUAUUUCUGUUUUAUAUUACUAUAACAAUAUCUACAGCAGUUUCAUUAUUUUUGCAGCUACUUCCCAAGCUUUUUCAUGAAAGAGAAAAUAUCACAAACCUGCAUAAUUUCUACCAGGUCACUUCUAGAGCAUCUCAAAGUCAUCACGCUGAAAAAAGACAGGAAAGUAAAACAAUGCUCUGUACCCAUUGCCAAUGAACAUACAUGUAUAUAAAUGCUACAAUGUAUUAUAAUUCUGUUGACAGCAGUUUUCUUCAUACCUCCUUAGCACUUUUAAUGUUAACACAGUUAUGUUGCUCAGUCAAACAUUCAACCACAUACAGUAAAACGUCAAUAUAAAAGGCACAACGGUAAAUGUAGGGUUGAGCUAAGUUCCAAUAGGUUACAGUUUAUACUCAGUGACCUCCCACAUAAGAAAGAUAAUGAACUUGGUCACCAAAAUGGAAGUUUUACUGUAGUGCCUAAAACCUUCAGUGUUAUAUGUUCUUGAUUUAUAAGAUAAUUAACUGCAGCCACAAAAUAUUCAUUAUACUUUAUGCAUUAGGUUAAUGAAUUAUUUUAGUUUAAUUUAGUGAUAGUAGGAAUAAAUGACAAGUUCAUAACUUUAUAAAUUGUAGAUCUUUUAAAGGUAAAUGCAUCACAUCUCUCCAGAGAAGCCAACCAACCAUCACAAAAUGUUAACACUGCACCAUGCAUUAAUACGACACAUAAUGACAAAACGGAAAGAGUCACAGUAAAAAUUUACACAGGGCAAAUGCUCUGGAUUGAGACACAUCUUGAGAGCAUACAUUACAUUUUUUGCAACACUUUUACCAAUAUGAUGAAUUGUAUAUUAAUAUUCACACAGCAAAACUUAAGAAAAAUCACUUACAUUUCAUAAUACAAGCUGAGUGCUGUUUCAAGAUGACCAGUGACUUUGUUCAUUUAUCUCUCAUAUCACAUUAUAGUAUUAUCAUAGCACUAACAUUUUGUUUCCUGUUAGAAUUAUACUAUUACUUUGUUAUGUGAAUACAUACAGUAAAUAAAGUUGAUACAUUAGUGAUGUA